UAUACAAACCGCUCCUCGAUAGGCUGCGAUUCAUUCAUAGGCGUACGCCGUACGGAUCAGGGGACAGUUACCCAUAGAAAAAUAUAAAUAAAUCAUAGAAUCAUUAAAUUAAUUUGACAGAGAACAAUCUGGCAGGUUCCUUAAUCAAUUGCUAUAGAAAAUCUUCUAUUUCUUUUUAAAUAAAGUUGUUUUUAAAUAUUACUCUGUUAAGAAUUUCGAUGCCUGAAGUACCCAUCCAUUGACAAAUGGAAAAUUAGUCUUAAUUUGUGAUAUUAAAAUGGAUGAGAUUGUAAAGACAGGUGUAAAGAAGGAGGAAAUCACGGGAGUUCCUUCCGUGACCCUGCACGGCAUCGGAAACACUCAGCAGGACGAAGCCGAAGUAGAGGCGGACAUAGAGGAGGGCUUGACCGAGGAGGACCUGGAGCUGGAGUCCACUUACCAGGAUGUGGACGAAGAGGACUCGGAUGUGACCCUCACUCAGGCCGACAUUGAGACUGGGCGCAGCUUGCCGUUAAGCGAUGCUCCGAUGCGCAAGUAUCCUUUCAAGCUGAAGCGAAACGAAUGCGGCAAUAUCCUCACCGUACACCAUACGGUGAAGGAAGCAGGCCAGCAGGUACGCAUCCAGAUUGCCGCCUGCUGUUUCAACGAGCUCAGCAACAAACUGGUGGUCAUUGAUAAGCGUGGCAAUGUGUUUGUCUUUGAUUUUGUGCACAAGCGCUACUGGCGCCUGGGAUUCCGGAUGCCCAAGGCCAAGCUGAUUCGUCCAUCACCCUUGCACAUAAGCGAAUACGUUGUGGGCAAUAAGGUGGGCCACAUGUUCAUCAUAGACGUAGACAAUUCGAUCCUUGGCGCUCACGGCGAGGUGGGUAAUGCCCCUCUAGAAGAGUUAAGCUGGAGCAAUCGUCUGCAGAAUCCCCGCUCCUCCAAUGCGCUGAUGCGCUUUGGCGGCGAGGCUGUCCUAGUGAACCUGCAAAUGCUGGAGGUAUCCCAUCAGCUUGAUUUCGAUGAGUCGCGCUACACACUAAAGUUCGCCGCCUUCCUGCCGAACUCCGACCAGUUCUUCAUAGGCUUCUCCAACGACUCGCUGCACGUGUGGUCCUCGCACUCACUGGGCACUUUGCGGAUGGCCCAACCGAUCAAGGCUAGAAAUCGCAAGCUGAGAUUGCUACCACCGGGAGAAUCCAUUCCGGAAAUAGUUCUGCGUGCCCCGGAUGAAAGUGACUUGGAGGACGACCUUACGUUCGACUGCCAGGAGUACGACUUUGCAGAUGGAUUGCUGCUCGGCUACUGUUUUACUCCCGAUGGCAACAAGAUGUGUCUGAGCACCUUGGAUGGUUACGUCUUGAUUUUGAGUGUGGCUUCUUUCGAUCUGGAGAAGCUCUAUCGCCUGAACGACUUCACUCUACGACAAAUGGCCUUCCUAGCGCAGCCCAAGGAGCGGAUUGUGUUUGGGAUUACGGCCCGGAACAACACAGACCACAAGCUGAUUGUACAGCGCUCCAACGCGAUUAGUUUGAGCCUGAGUCGAGAUGGCAAGCUGCUAAGUGUCACCUCUCGCUGUGGGGAGGUGAAUGUGUGGUCUACCUGUCGCCUGUUCAACGCCCUGCAAGCUCAGACUCGCUGCCUCAACCAGAUGAAGUCCAUAUUCAAGCAGCCGAAACCCCUGCCGCCCUGUAAUGUCAGUGGAGGCGUAAACCAGGAACUGCGACAUCUGCUUAAACCAGAGCGCUUGAAAGCCAUGCUCAAGGAGUACGGCUGCUACCCGGAGAAGUAUAGGUUCCUUAUUUGGACAUCCCUUUUGGACCUGCCAUGCAAUGGGCCACAGUUCCAGGCGCUGAUCAAACUGGGACCUCCUGUCAUCGUCAGAAAUAAGGCGAAGAAGCUGAAGAUCCGCAACGAUGCGCAGCGGCGUGUCGUGAUCAAGAUCUGGAGCUGCCUCGCCCAAUGGUGCAAGGUCCUAGCCCAUGCGGACUUUAUGCCACACCUCAUUUAUCCGUUCGUAAAACAGCUGCCCAAGAACGGUCUGGUUUCCUUCGAGGUGAUCGCCAGUCUGGUCCUGAACCAUUUUCAGCUGUGGUUCGAGUUUCAUCCGUUGCCGCCGUCGAACUACCUGGCCAUGUGCGAGAAUAUCCUGCAGCACUACGACGAACAGCUCUGCAAGUUUUACAAAUCCCAAGAGAUCCUGUCAAAGGACUACGCAUGGCCUCUACUGAACACUGCCUUCUCCGAGGUCCUGGAAGAGCAGCAGUGGCUGUCGCUCUGGGACAACAUCGUUUCGGAACAGCCCUGGUUCCUUGUCUUUCUGGUGGUGGCCUACAAUUUGAUCCACCGGGAGGUCAUUAUACGGCUGCCGGACAAGCGAUCCGUACUCUCGUUUUUUCACGAGCAGAACCCAGUGGACAUCAGCAAACUCCUUUCCAAGGCGCGCAGAUUGAUGGCCAAAUGUGAGCUCGCGUUGCACCCACAGCGAUUCAUGCAACGCUUCAGUCCCAUCCCAAAGAGCGUUUAUCCGAAGUUCCUCAAGUAUCCCAGCGAGUGGAUCGAGCAGCAGGAGGAGCAAACAGUCUCGCUGAUAAAGCACAACCAGGAGAUCGAUGCCCGCAUUCGCCAUCUGGAGUUGGAGGAGGUGCAGAUCAUGGAGCGCCUCGAGAACGGGAUCAAGCAGGAAGAGCACGCGCGUCGACUAAAGGAGAUGGAGAAACUAUACCAGGACACCAUCCACCGCGAGGAGGAGCGCAUCUCCUGCCAGCGCAAGAUGCUGCUCACCUACCAAAUGGAGGUUCGCAAGCGCAAGAGCGAAGUCAUCACCAAGUUGCAGGAGUCCGAGCAGCGGCGCAAGGUGUUAGAGAUGGAGAAGGACAUUGACUUGCUGAUGCACAGCAUCGAGCGCGAGCGUCGGCGCCACAACCAACAAAUGCAGCUGGCCGAGGAUGAGAUACGUAACCAGGAGAUGGAGCUCCUCGCCCAGCGUUACUACUCGGAUUCAGCGGGAGCUCCUCUGGCCCAGAAGUACUACGACAACAUUCAGAGCUUAUGCAGUCAGCGGGAUCAACUGCAGAAGAACUUGCGUGAUAUGACCAUGGAGCAGCUGCGCACUCCCGCGACCUCAUCCGUGCAAUAUAAUCCUCAGCUGGUGGACAUCGAGAACUCCAUUCUGGAAAUCCAGCGGGAAUUUACGGAAAUCAUAACCACAGAAACGACUGUUAGGGGAUGCAGGAGCAAUAUCUCUUAAGAAUUAGCUAAACUGUUUAAGGCCUUUUUGUACAAUUAAAUAUUUAAGAUAGGAUUAUUUACAUGGCACCAGAAAAUAAAUGGAUAAACAGGGCA